AUGGUACGAAUUGGCUUUCAUAGUGGUGCAGUAGCAGCAGGUGUUGUUGGUUUAAUUACACCACGUUAUUGUCUUUUUGGUGAUACGGUUAAUAUGGCAUCAAGGAUGGAAAGUACAAGUGAACCAAAUAAGAUACAAAUCAGUGAUCAAUCAUACAAUCUUCUUCAUUGCUAUUUUCCGGAAUUUCAAAUUAUUGAACGUGGAAAAAUAAAUGUUAAAGGUAAAGGUGAAUGCAUCACAUACUUCUUACAGGGUAAGGAAGGUGAAAAUAUACUAAAUAUAUAA